AUGAACUCCCCUUUUUUUCCAGUGAACUCCUCAUUUUUCACUGUUUCGCCGCCAGGCUAUGGUGGUUGUGGCUCAGUGCAGCUGGAGACGCAGCCUUUGGAGAGUCAGCGUGGGAAAAGUGAAGCCACCAGGAAGUUCGACUUCCAGAAGGAAUGGGCCACAUGGCCCAAAAAGUCCAUACCCUGUUGGGACCCCGCCACCUUGGACUUCUUGGGUGAAGUACCUGCCUGUGGCGAGGCGGAGGUCACAGCCAUGGUCCAAAAGGCGCGCCUGGCGCAGGCGGAGUGGCAGAAGUCCUCCUUUGCCCAGCGGCGCUUUUUGCUGCGGACCCUGCAGAACUUCGUGCUCAACAACAUGGAAACCAUCUGCACCGUUGCCUGCCGCGACAGCGGGAAGACAGUGAUCGAUGCAAUGGUAGGUGAGCUGACAGUGACGCUGGAAAAACUUCGCUGGACCAUUGCCAGCGGAGAAGAGUAUUUGUUGCCCGAGUACCGAACUUCAGGUCUGAUGAAUCUCCACAAGACCAGCCGAUUAGAGUGGGUGCCAGUGGGAGUGGUUGGUGCCAUUGUGCCAUGGAACUACCCCUUUCACAACGUCUUCAACCCCAUCAUCGCGGCAGUCUUCUCCGGGAACGCCAUCGUCAUCAAAGUCUCGGAGUUCAGCGCCUGGUCGUCGCAGUUCCUCCUGAGGGCCCUGCGCCAGUGUCUGAGCGCCGCCGGCGCGCCGUUGGAGCUGGUACAACUGGCGCCGGGCUAUGCGGAGGCAGGGAAGGCUUUGGUGGAGCAAAGCGAUAAGGUGAUCUUCGUUGGAAGCGUCAAUGUUGGGCGAAAGGUCAUGGAGGCUGCCAGCAAGGCUCCCACCAUCACGCCAGUGAUUUUGGAGUUGGGAGGGAAGGAUCCCUUCGUGGUCUGUGAGGAUGCCACCGUGGAUGAGGCCAUGACACAGCUUGUUGUCCGAGGAGCGUUCCAGAACAUGGGACAGAACUGCGCAGGACCUGAACGCUUCAUCGUCUACGACAAGGUCUACGACACCUUCUGUGAGAAGAUCUCGAGCCUUGUGCAGAGACUCUCGCAGGGCGCCCCACUGGGUGCAGAUGGUGCCUCAGUGGAUUGUGGCGCCUCAGUACAUUCGCCCAGCCUGGAAAACUACCAACGCCUGGUGGAAGAUGCCAAGAGCAAGGGUGCUCGAGUGCUCUGCGGUGGUCAGAAGGCGAAGCUUGAGGGGCAGUUUUUUGAGCCGACCGUGUUAGCGGACGUGACAGAGGAGAUGCUCAUUGCUCAGGAGGAAACCUUUGGCCCCAUCCUGUCCAUUUUUCGCGUGAAGGGCACUGGGGAACAAGCUGAUCAGGAGGCAGUGCGUUUGGCGAACGCCUGCUGCUUCGCACUCUCCAGCUGCGCCCAUAGUGGGGAUGAGACGCGCGCAGCCAAGUUGUGCCAACAAUUUCAGGCAGGCAUGGCGAGCGUGAACGACGUCGAGGGCACCACGUAUUUGAGCCAAAGUCUGCCCUUUGGAGGCUACAAGGACUCUGGCUUCGGACGCUUCGCUGGACCGGAGGGUCUUCGUGGCCUCUGCCAUGAGCGGUCCAUCGUACAGAACCGUGCAUCCUUCCUGAAGCCCAGCAUUCCUCCGGCCAUUGCAUAUCCAGCCAAUGGAAAGGGCGAGCUCUUUUGCAAAGGUCUCAAUCUGCUACUCUACGGCAGUCUGUCUCAACGUCUUCAAGGGUUGAUUGCCCUGAUCAAAGCAUCGAUGCCUGAUGGCAAAAACGCCUAG